GCUGCGCCUGGCCCGGCCCGAGCGCAUCGAUGACCCGGAGCUGGUGCUCAUCGUCGGCGCCCUGGGGCUGGCGGUCAACGUGGUGGGGCUGCUCAUUUUCCAGGACUGCGCCGCCUGGUUCGCCUGCUGCGUUCGGGGCCGCCGUCACCGCCCGCCGCAGCUGGUGGAGGGCGGCACUCCUGGCCCUUUAGGGGCUGCCCAGGACGUGGAGGGCCAGCGACACUCGGCUACCUCGACAGCCCCGGGUUCGGACUCGGCCGUGAUCCUGCGGGGAGCCUCGAUCGAAAGGAAGCGGGAGAAGGGGGCGACCGUGUUCUCAAACGUAGCAGGUGAUUCCCUGAACACUCAGAAUGAGCCUGAAGAGACUAUGAAAAAGGAGAAAAAGUCCGAGGCCCUGAACAUCAGAGGUGUUCUUUUGCAUGUGAUGGGAGAUGCUCUGGGGUCUGUGGUUGUGGUCAUCACAGCCAUCAUAUUCUAUGUGCUUCCCCUGAGACCUGAGGACCCGUGUAACUGGCAGUGCUACAUUGACCCCAGCCUGACUAUUGUCAUGGUCAUCAUCAUUUUGUCAUCUGCCUUCCCGCUCAUUAAGGAGACCGCUGCUAUCCUGCUGCAGAUGGUCCCCAAGGGCCUGAACAUGGAGGAGCUCAUGAGUAAACUCUCUGCUGUGCCGGGAAUUGACAGUGUGCAUGAAGUACACAUCUGGGAACUUGUAAGUGGAAAGAUCAUUGCCACCCUGCACAUCAAGUGUCAGAAGGACAAGGGCUAUCAGGAUGCCAGCAUAAAAAUUCGAGAAAUCUUCCAUCAUGCGGGAAUCCACAAUGUGACUAUCCAGUUUGAAAACACGGACUUGAAGGAACCCCUGGAGCAGAAGGACAUACUGUUGCUGUGCAGCUCACCCUGCAUCUCCUCAAACUGUGCCAAACAUCUGUGCUGUCCUCCCGGGGCACUGCCUCUGGCCCACGUCAAUGGCUGUGCUGAACACAAUGGCGGUCUCCCUAUAGAGACAUACCGAAGUGAUGAUCUUAGUAGAAGAGAUGCAACAGAAGUGGCUAUUGAAGUGUCUUUGGACAGCAAUCUGAGCAACCGUGGACAAGCUCUUAAAUCUCAGGAGGACCAAUGUUAUGUAAACAGCACACAAUUUUAAUCUGAUACCCAUCUACCUGGACUGCAUAGUCGAGGCACUUCGGAACCACUUGCUUGGCUUGUGGAAAGAGCUUUGUGGGUUGUAGGCUCUGACCAAACUGGCCGUGUGCACUUUGUGUUCACAGGGGUUGGCUGUUGGGAUUUUAAUUGAACACAUCUAUUAGUUUCUAUGUGGCUGGAAACCCCUCUCCAUUACUCUGAGUGUCUCAUGCUGCUCUUCAAUAGUUUUACCUUGAACGUUAUUUUCUAAGGCAAACUGCACUAAUAUACAUAUCAGGGUCAUAGUGGGCUGGGACCCAAUAACUGUGAUGCAGGAUUCAAAGUAGUUCUUGUUUUUAAAGUGAUUAAAACUUUUAGCUGUGUUUCUGAUGAGUUCAGAGCCAAAGUAUAUUGAAAAAAUUGAAGUACCGUUAAUUGCUCUGAUUUCCCCAUUCUCCUUAAAGAUCAUACAAGAGAAAGAGGUAUUUUUGACACUGCAGAAAUAUCUUUCUUUUAUUGGAUUCAUUUUUGAAUGAAGUAAAAUGAAUACCUACUAAGGUAAAAAAAAUGUUCUUAGAAAAUUAGAGCAGGUAGAGUUUAGUGUAGGUGGGAUGGGAAGGAAAAGUGUGUUUGAAUCAUCGCAUUUUGUGAAGUGAGAGAAAACUAGUGUUUAUUUUCUGCUCUAAACUGAACUGGAGAUGUAGGGUUUUUCAAGUGUUUAAAUGUGUAAUACCAUUUUUUCCUAAAUGCAUGAAAUUUCUACUUCCUUAAGUGUGACACAAGUACUUAUAUACUGUCUUUUAGAGUCAGUCCAGCUAGGACUGUUGUCCUUUAUUGCUUUGAUAAUGAUUUUCCUAUUUGUCCAAACUUUUGUCUUCUUUUAUAUGAUCACGUUGAUCUGUGUAGCAUUUACUAGGGAAAAAAAAAUGAGUAUUUCUGGGAUAGACUAUGUGACAUCGAGUGUUCACUUCUGCCAAAUAAAUAAGCUAGACUACCUUUUCUUUAAGUAGACAUAUUUUUAAAAUAUUUAUUGUAGUUGCCAACUAAUGACUUAAUGAAAAAGUUUAUGCCCAAGGGAUACAUGAGAGUUAAUUUGAUGCUGCCUUUCAUGUGUUUUGAGGAGCUUAGAAUUUUCUUUUAUGUUUCUGUCCCAUAUUACCAAGUUCAGAUAAAUUUAUUGUAAUCUGAUUCAGACCCAUAACCAAAUUAUACUACUAGUGGUGAAGUCUAAAUAUUUAAAUGAGUACAGUUUCAUAGGUUUCAGAAAAAGGCAGAUACUUCACUAAAGAACCAGUAUCUCUGACAGGUUGCGAUAUUGAAAGCUAUCUUUUUUUAGGCUACGAGCCUUAGGUCUUAUUUAGAAUCAUCACAGGGUUCAUUGGAAAUGCUAGGUUGAUAACAGAAACAGUCUCCACAUUUUUCAGAACAAGCAUUAAUUUAAAAAAAAAUUGUUUUAGCCUUAAAUUCAAAAGCUGAAAUAAGCAGUUAUGACCAGCAGGAGAGGUAAAUCUUUAUUCCUUGAAGAUUUAUUAUCUGAAUCUACACUGGCCAUGAAUUAGGUAAAUAGAAAAAUGCCUAAAAAUAUUUUCAUGACUAGAAGUUUAUUGUGCUAGUUUAUAUGAACUUCAUAAGCUAAAAAAACAAGGGGGUAAAAAUAAGAUCCUAUUUCUGUUUUUAGUAUAAGUGUGGCAUGUACUUACACAAACCAGAGGAUUUGCUGAGAAACUCACCAUGGUGGAAACAGGCCAGAUUUGCCUGCAUAAUAAUAAAUAUUGGUAGAAACACCUUAGCCAGGGCCAAAGAAGAAAUUUAUUUUUUCUAUAUUUGAAUUUGAUUUUAUAUCACUCUGCCUUAUUAAAAGGGAAAAAUUGUCAUUUCACAGUUUUUGUGCAGCUGGUUAAAGGAAUGCAUAUUAGUUUGCAUCCAAACAGUGCUCUUUAAUUAACCUUUAAAGUAUUUUUCUGGAAAGGAAAAGGCGCUUAAUACCAAUAUAAUUAAAUCUAACCUCAGAAAAAUAUCUCGAUUGACCCUUAUGCACAUACUAAAUCAUAGGCCAUAGUGAAAUAAUACCUUUUUAAAAGAUAAUUUGGCUGAGUGCAUUUAAUAAUGUCCAAACAAAUUAAGUGCCACUUUUUUUAUGUUGGGUUAGUGACUUGCAGGGGUAACUGACCCCAUGGUGCCUUCUGUAUAUUUUUAUUUUGGUUUU